UGUCAGCUUGAAAACAGCAAUAUCGUGAAUCGUGAAUCAGUGUAAUACAGAUACAAGGUGGGAGUAAUAUAUGCGUCAGCAACAGGUUGUGUGGAGUUGCGAGAACACGUUCUCGCCUUCUUUUUUUUAUUUUCCAAAUGUGAGUUAAACUUGUGGAAGCGCGGAGUUAUGCACAAACACGCAAAUUUGUCUGUCGUGAUUUCGAGAUAGACUCGUUAUGUCGUAUUUAGGUCGAGGAAUCGACGGUCUCGCUAACGAUGGGACGCACGGAAUACAUUAAUUAUUGGAAUUAGUAAAUAGUCUCUAUCAUUUACGCGUAAAUCUACCUACCUCGAGGGAAAAAAAGAACGCAUCGUCAAUUGUGACAUCGAGAAGUUGCCUCUUUGUGCGUGUUAUUCAAGCAUUUUGGCUACGUCGAACGUCGCCAAUAUAUCAUUUAUUUUGGGAAUACCAUGAACGUGCAGACGUUGGUACGCCGCUCAUGGAAUGAGCUUAAUUCAGAAACACAUAAAUGAGAACUAUUUCUAAGGUACAAGUCAAAGUUGUCCAGGCUCGAGAGACAAAGUUUUGAAACUAUGGAAAGGCCACAGGGAGCUGGGUAUGUGGGUGGUGAUAAUCACUUAUCGGAUUAUUGGGAGGAGUAUCAAAAAAUGAUAGAAGAAACUAAGUUGUUGGAUGAUUAUCUUGAGGAAGAAUGUCCACGCAAUUAUGAUGAUGGAGAAGAAGAGGCUGAAUGGUUGCGUACAGCUGGACUAGGACAGCUGACGGAAGCAUGGAAAGCUGGACAGGAAGUGCAACCGGAAGAACUAGGCGCAGCGUUACGUCCCUUAUCGCGAGCACAAGCGGAGGCAGUGAAACGUCGAGUCAGAUCGCUCAAUCACACAGUGAAGCAACGUUUUAAUCAGCGACAGCGAGUUCGCAAGCCAGACAUCCGAGACGUCUUCAAAGACGUGGAGGUGUCCAGUACGGGGACAAGGUCGCGUAGCGCUACGCCCGAUUCCUUAGAUUCCGUUCCUGGUGCGACGCCGGAGAAUGCAUCGCCGCCGUCUCCGUCGACGGUUACCGUUAUCGACGCGAAUCAUGCAAACAUCACCGUACCGAACUUCGUGUCGGUAUUCCAACGCGCACCGAACGAGGGUAAAGAAACGGUACGCAGAACUCCAAGUGCACCGUCGACGACGGUGCAUACGGUGCCAGGUCCACCGCCGACUCCACUGCCUGUUCAGGAAAUCUUCAGACGCGCUGGAAACUGGUUGCGAGGAGAUGUUGCGAGCGAUUCAGAAGGUAUACAGCUAACAGGAUAUCACAGGUUGGGAACUAUACACGUUUCGAGGCCGACUAUACAAAGGCGCAGCGGUAGCGAUCCCAGCGAGGUCGCGAACACGAGCUUGGGCAACGAAUCCAUCGAGAAGUUGAACACAUCCAAGGAUUCGACGUUGAGGAGAAACUCUGGCAGUCACGCAACGGUGACUCGAAGCCACAGCAGCCUAUACGGGUUAACGAGACCAGCGGAUGAGAGUCUGAUAACGCAUCCUCUGAAUCGCACGUCGUCUCACGGUCACCUGAGCUUCGAGGAAAUGUGUAGAACGAACGAAGAAAAGUCCCAAGCAUGGGCGGCGGAAACUCUUGCGUCCGACGAGGUUCAGAGGCGACUGGGAGUUGAAACGUUAUCGCAGAGAGAUCUCACAAGGUUGCAGUCGCUGUUGUGGCUCGAACUGACGGCAGUCUUCGACAAGUACAACGUACCGUUGAAGAAACGUAAACCAAACAAGCGUCGGACGAAAGCUGGGAACUUAUUCGGCGCAUCGUUGUCGACUCUGCUGCUUCGAGAUAGCCAGCUGACAUCCGAGGAAAGCAAUGUACCGUUAGUGUUCCAGAAAGUUCUUAACGAAUUGACGAAACGCGGCGUAAAGGAGGAAGGAAUUCUCCGCGUCGGGGGACACAAGCAAAAAGUGGAGGCGAUAUGCUCACAGUUGGAAACGGAUUUCUACUCCAAACCCAAAGAGAUAGACAGGUUGCUCAAGCGUAUGUCGUCUCACGACUUGUCCGCGGUUCUGAAAAAGUUGGUACGCGAUCUGCCUCAACCGUUGCUCACCAUCGAGCUUAUCGACGCUUUCUACCAAAGUCAUAGAGUAAAGGAUCGUCAAGAGUUGUCGUACGCUUUGAAUUUGCUGGUGCUACUGUUACCUAUAGAGCAUCGUUGUACCUUGAAGGCGUUGAUGACGUUCUUGAACGUGGUCGUCGAGAACCAGGCGUACAAUAAAAUGUCGAUCCACAACGUAGCGAUGAUAGUGGCGCCUUCGCUGUUUCCACCGCGUUACGUUCACCCUCAUGAUCGUACCGACCUUACCGCUCAGGUUAACAUGGCUGCAGUAUGCUGCCAGGUAACGGAAGCUCUCCUCAGUAACACGGAGAAGCUGUGGUACGUACCGAACGAUCUUAUAAAUCAGCUGCACAGACACUCCGUGGAAGAGAGGUAUCGGAAAUACAAGAAGAAGUAUUGACAUAGGAUUUUCCGAUGGUGGUGCAGAAUUUUUCGAUUCGCGACUUUUCGAAUCGAGUCGAUCGACGAUAGCUCGCGUACAUAGAGUUUAGAUUUUCUGGUGCCUUACGUAAGGCUAGGGAUGGGCACGUACGAAUGAUACUUCUAAUUGAAAUACUAUACCUCUAUAAUACAUCAUCGCUUUAGGUCGCGUGUACGCGAUAUUAAUAUCGUGUUUGCUCUUUGAAUUAAAGAAGAUAUUAAAUUUCGUAGAAGACAAAAUUGUAAACUUAAAAAAAAAUUUUGUACAGUUUAUAUAUGAACUUUAGAUUUUUAUAGUUAUUUAUUCAUGCAAAAUACGAAGAGUAAACACGAGUACAACUUGCGAAUAGUUUUAAGUGUUAGGCUACAAAUGGAAUACAAAUUAGCGAGGUGUUUGUGGCUCGAAAACUUCUUAAGUAAACUUUGCCCAUCCCUGGAUAUAGGAUCGCAAGAGAUUAAUCUAAUAAAUAUCGACGCACGAUUUUCCGUGUGCCGACUGCGAUUAGUUUUAUCGAUUUCACGUGUCUUGAGGUGAAACAUGGGCAUCCGUAACAGCGAAAUAAUCUCAAAGUGGCAUUUCAUACGUUACAUAUCUAUCGUAUAAGUAUUUUAAUUUAUUAUUAAUACUCACAGUCUCGUAAACAGGGCUGCACACUGGAAGAAUGUCGCCCAAUCGAAGCAUGAGCGAUACUGUGCAUUUUGUGUGUCCUAGAGCCCAUUUAUAAGAAUCGUGCUAAUACCCCUGCGUGGAGCCUUAGCGAGUGUCGCGUACAGGUGCAUAUUCUUUGUUUAUUUUCAGGUUUCUUUUUUGUUUGUUUUGUUUUUAUAACAUUUUUUACCAGCCAGUGUGUAUCGGUGAUAUACCGAUACGCGUGCAACCAUUCUCAUAGUCAACGAAUGUGAAGCGAGCGAUUCGCGAGCAAUAAAACGAAGGGUGUCAACUUGUCGCUCAAAUAUCGGUGCGUACUCGCGAUGUCUCGUUUCCGAUUUACGUUCUCGUCCUGUCCUCUGAUGCGCCAUAUUAAUUUAAGCAAUUGUACAUAUUGUAUUCCGUGAAAAUUGUUACAUCUGCGUCAAUAAAGUGCCAAAGAAAA